CAAUUGUGAUCUCCUGCUAUUUAGUAUUUAGUAGUUUUUUCCAUGUGAUGAUCCUGAGAUCUAGUCUGUCUAGUGCAUAGAUAAUAUUAUCUAUGGUUUAGCGUCUUAUUAACAUAUAUACUAUCUCUCUCAUUACAUAUUUUUUUUUUAAAUAUACAGGUAUAUUUACCUCCUUUACGGAAUAGGCAGUCCAUAUAUUUACAUUUUAUGUCUAGUUUUAUUUGUUUACAUUUUUAAAAAAUAUAUGGACCUAUUAAAGAGUGCACCAUCUGGUUUCAUAUAAUUUGUGGUUUUAUACUCUAUCCAUUAUAACUUUAUCCCUUCUUUAUUCCGUGACAUGAUCACAGAUAUGAUUGUACAAACUAUCUGUAGACAUGAUUGUAUCUAUAAAUCUUGGUAGAUAACGCUAAUUUUGAUAUGGGGAUAGGGUCAUUUUUCCCAAAAUUAAUUUAAUUUAACUAAAAAGAAAUAAAUAAUCUCAUUAUUAUCAAGUCGGUAGGUACAAAUUUUUCUUAAAUUUACUUAAUCAAUUGACUUUAUGUUCCUUCUAUGUUAAUUGUAAAUACUUAUUUUUAGUUUAUUGAAUUUAAUUUCACGUUAUUAUUCAUUAGUUAUUUUAGAUUCUGCAUAUUAUAGAAUUAGUUAACCGUUAUAAGAAUGCAAGUACAAGAAUGUCAACCCAAAUAUGCCAAAUUGAAUGUAGGUGGCUCAUUGUUUUAUACAACAAUUGGAACAUUAACUAAACAUGAUACAAUGCUGAAAGCUAUGUUCAGUGGCCGGAUGAAUGUACUAACUGAUUCUGAAGGUAUUUUAGACAAAUAUGUAUAAUAUAAACCAUGUAUUAAACAGAUAUUUUAGUUGUGUUAAAAAUUUUAAGGUUGGGUCCUGAUUGAUCGUUGUGGUAAACACUUCAGUUCUGUGUUAAACUUUUUACGAGAUGAACAUAUUGCUCUUCCAGACAAGACACACGAAAUUGCUGAAUUAUUAGCAGAAGCUAAAUUUUAUUUAAUAUCUCCAUUGGUUGACGCCUGUCAACAAUCUUUACGAUUAAGACAGUGUAAAAUUGAACCGCAAUGCCGUAUACCUCUUAUAUCGUCUAGUCCAAGCUUAAUUCAAUUAAUAACAUUGAGUUCAAAAGUAAACAAAUUUAAAGUUUUAAAAAACACAUUUUCUUAAUUAUUUUGUAUUUUAGCCCACGGUAAAACUACUAAUAAAUCGGCAUAACAAUAAAUAUUCAUAUACGAGGUACUUAAAAAGAUGUUAAGGUAUGAGUCUAGUUUACUUGACACCCUUUGUUUUCCAAUUUUUUUUUAAAUACAUGCUUUUCAACACCGAUUUUAGGACUGAUUGAUUUUUUUGCGGAAAUCAUUACUAAAAAAGUUAUGAAAGUUUGAAGUUUUUCAUUCUUAAGGAGGUUUUUGCUUAAAUACCUAGUUAUUUUAUAUUAAUUUUUUUACACUUGACCGAUAUGGUACAUUUUUGUAGGAAAACAGUGUGUCUGGUAAACUAGAAUUGUUCUGGUAUUAAAUUAUAUAUACUUAUUAAAAUGUAUUAUUGUUUUAAAUUUUAGUGCUUCUGAUGAUAAUUUACUUAAAAAUGUUGAAUUAUUUGAAAAACUUUCAUUGCGUUUUGGUUCAAGAUUUUUGUUUAUCAAAGAUGUUAGUGGUUCAAGUGAAAUAUGUUGCUGGAGUUAUUUUGGAUUGGCAGUUAAAAUUGCUGAAAUUUGUUGUACAUCUAUUGUAUAUGCCACAGAUAAAAAACAUACUAAGGUAUUAAAACAAAUUUUAAAUACUUUUGUUUAAAAUUAUUUCAAACGUUAAAUCAUGUAAAAUGCAUUUGACAUAUUUUACCCUUGUCGUUUUUUUCCUAAAUUCAUAGAUUUACAUGUUCAUUAUAUCUAUAUUCUAUAAUCUUGCUAGCCAUAGUCUGACAAUUAUUCUAAUGCAUUUUAAGUAAUUAAUUUUUUCAAUUUAUAUACCAAACAGCAGUUACAAAGAGGUGGAAAACGAAACUAGUUAGUUAAUACAACAGUACAAACAAAACAAUAAUAUUAUACAUAUAAUUAUAAAUAUAGUAAAAGUAUAAAGUAUUUUGAACAUAGGUCUGUUAUAAAAAAAAAAAAAUUUUGCCUUCUUUACCUUGUUCACCUUUGCUUAUAAAUGUAAAAUAAUGUAAUACCACAUUUAGAGCAGUAAAAGGGUUAAUGCUUUCUGAAAUAAUUAAUGUCUUAUGUUGAUCAAACUGUAUAUAUAUAUAUAUAUAUAUGCAUAUUUUUUUUUUUUAAAUAUGAAUAGCUAUUUACUGUAUACCUAUAGUGCGUUUCACAAUAACUGCGACUCGACACUAACAUGCUCCGUGGUAUGUUUUCAGUAUGGUUUCCAAAACUAGUGCUUAAUUAAUGCGCUGUAAAAUUCCUAUAGGGAUGUUUUUUAUAUGCAUAAUAAAAAAUACAUCUGCUUACAUAAAACAGUGGUAUAUAAAAUAAACAUACCCAGCUGAUCUAAUUAUUUGUUUGAAAAACGCGUGCAUUUUAUUUUCUAUCCUAAAUUGAAGACCCCUAAUUUAAGAAAAAACUGCCACAAAGUGCGGCAGCGUCGAGUUAUAGUUGUUAAACACAUUACAGUAGAAUCCGCUUGAAGAAACAACAUAAAGGGGACAAGUUAGCAUAGUCCCGAAAGAAUGUAUUUGUUUAAAGCAAUUUAAAUUUAUUUAUUGGGAACAAACCAUCAGUUAUAAGGGACAUAUGUAUAAUUACCUAUUUUCUUAUCGUAUAUGUAAUUAUCUAAUUUGUAUGUCUCUAUACAUUUUAUAAUUUAUUUUUAUCCAUUAUUUCUUUUUCUUUUAUUAACAUGUAGAUAUUCCUCGAAGAUAAGAGUCAACUAGCCUUAUAAACUAAAGCUUAUUAAUGAAAUAAUUUUGUAUGUAUACUGUUUCAAAAGAGAACAUACCACCGCUUUCGCUAUCAGAAACUUGUCUAUGGCCUUGACCGGUGCUACCUAAUGGGGAUGUGCGACGCCAAACAAAAACUGGUGCGAAAGUGGUAUGUUCUCUUUUGAAACAGUAUACAUACAAAAUUAUUUCAUUAAUAAGCUUUAGUUUACGUUCUUUCGGGUCUGUGUAUUCACAUGUUUUUUGUUAAUUAGGCUAAUCGGGACAGUUGGAUAUUGGGGAUAAAUCGGUUACCUACCGAUAUGUUCUCAUUAAGUGGAUUCCAUAGUAUAGUAAUAUAAAACACUAAAAUCAUAGCAAAUCACAAUUUACAAAUAUAUUGGUUUUUAAAAUUAUUAAUAGUUUACAAAUAAUAAUCUUAAUUUUAAAUAUUGUCAAAAAUAAAACUUGAAUAUUAUAAUAAGAAAAUAUAAAAUCUGGUAUAAUUAUGGUUUUAUAAAAUAGGGUAGUCUAUCAGAUUGUUUAAAUUCAAAACUAGUAUAUGACAAAAUUAAUUAAUUAAUUUUUGUAGCAAACAAUUUAAUAUAAUUUAAUAAUAUAAUAUCAUAUUUCUUUAAAACAAACAAUUUUUUUUAAAACUACAAUUUAAAAUUGUAAAUUAUGCAUUUAAUGAUUUUUACAGUGUUGUUUUUUUCCCGAUUACCAUAUCUAUAAUGGUGCUUUCUAGUACAAAAUAUACCACCGUCACUAUUAAGCACUGUAUAAUUUGACCAUAAAGAGAAACUUUUGUCUUUAACUAACAAGCUCCACAUCCCGUAUAUCUUAAUUUAUGAUUAACAAAUAUAUUUUAUUAUCACUCAUAACCAUAGAAUAAUAUACUAAUUAUAGUACUAAUAUUAUUAUAUAUUGUAUAAUUCAGUUUAUAUAAAACAAUUAAUUUGACUUAGGUGGACUUUCCAGAAGCACGGAUAUAUGAGGAAUGUCUUAAUUUAAUGCUUUAUGAGAAUCGUACUGAGCCAGAUCAUGAACUUAUGCAAGCUACUUCAUGGCGUGGUGCUGUAUCAGGCAUGUCUUCAGCCUAUGGAAGUGAUGACGAAGAAGAAAGAAAUCGUAUUGUACAUAGGAAAAGACUGGUAUAGUAUACGAUAUGGAAGAGCAUAUUGAAAAAAAAAGCUUCAGAAAUAUGUGUUAUAUAAUAUGUUAAUGCUAUUACUCAUACUAUCAACAUUUUUUUUUUGAAAUUAUCAAGAUGAUAUUGUAUAAUGUAUUUUAAAAUCAGGAAUUUUGUUCACAUAUAAAGACUGCUUAUAAUUAUUUAUAUUUAUUAUGAAGUGAAUAUGUAUCAAUUUUUAUCAAAAAUGUAAUAUAUUUAAAAAUUAGUAACAAUAAGUUCUUUCUAUAAUUAAUUAGUUUAUUAGUUUAAUAUAAAGUAUAUAAAUAACAAUUGAUUUUAAUUAAUUUUGAUGCAUCUAUUUUGAAUUUAAAUAUAAAUUAUAACUUUAAAAUGAAAAUCUAAAAAUAUACUGAUGUGUUUAAAAUAGGAUAUUUAAUAUAAUAUAUUAUGCAUCACCUGUGCAAUUUAAUAUAAAUAUAAUAACACAGUCUUAUUUUUAAUCAGAUAUAUAAAUUUAUUAUGACUAAUAUUUCAUAUUCAUUAUAUACUAAUUUAAUUAAAUUAUUUAUAAUUAUAUGAUAAAUAGGAGAACUUAAAUAAUAACAAGUACUAAUAAUCGAUUAAUAAUAAAUUUACCAAUUAUUUCUCCGAUUUCCUGAAAAUCCACCUCCGCUGCCACUAGAAAAUCCUCUUCCACCACCACCCCUUCUACCACCUCUAAAUGGUCUAUCUCCUCCUUCAGCCUUGUCCUUCUCUUGUUUUGCUUCAUGUCUUCUAGCCAUAUCUUGUAAUUCCUGAGGUACAUUUUGUCCAGAUUUUUCCAUAACUUCUAUAAGUUCUUUGGCUUUACUCCAGUCCCGUCUUGUCAUAAGAGUAAUUGCAAGACCAGUUUUACCAGCACGUCCUGUCCGGCCUACUCUGUGCACAUAUUCUUCAAUAUCUUUGGUAAAAUCAUAAUUUAUUACAACUGUAAUAUCAUUAAUAUCAAUACCACGAGAAGCUACAUCAGUAGCUAUUAAAAUAGAAACAUCCCCAUUACGUAAACUAUCCAAAGCCUGUUCACGAUCACAUUGUUCACGACCACCAUGAAUGGAUUCAACAUUAUAACCUUUCAUGCAUAAAUCUGAUGAAAGCUGAUCAACAGUUACUUUACGGUUAACAAAUAUUAUUACCUAAUUAAGGAUAUUAACAUUUAAUGGCGAGUAGUUAAAAAUAUAAGAUAAUCAAUUUUAAACAUACUUUAUCAUCUGUAGAACAAUUUUUCAAAAAAUCAUCAAGCCAAUUUUCCUUUUCUUCUUCUUCCAUUAUAAGAAUAUCUUGUCUAACAGUAUUAACAGUUGUCAGGUCUAAUGAUCCAACCAUUACUUGAACAGGGUUGGUAGUAUAACUUUUCGCAAGACGUUUAACUCCAGGUGGCCAAGUUGCACUUGUCAUAAUAGUUUGUCUAUCUGGUCUCACCUUAAGUAAGGAAACACGUAUUUGAGGUUCAAAACCCAAGUCCAACAUACGAUCAGCUUCAUCAAGUAUCAAAAAUGUAACAUCAGACAAGUCAAUAGCACCACUACCAACAAAAUCAUUAAGGCGACCUGGUGUAGCAAUAACGAUUUCUACUCCUCCACGUAAAUAUUCUUUCUGCUUUCCAGAACUAGCACCACCAUAAAUACUCAUGGCUUUAAUUCCUUUAUAACUAUACUUUUUAACCU